GUCUGUUGUGUUUCAGGGUGUGUGAGGGUGUGUGAAAUAUUUGACCUGUUUGGUGAUAGAGGUUCACUCCCGUCCAGAAGGGGGCGGUAGGAACAUUGUUCCUACCGUCGCCGGAGCAGAAGAAGAAGAGGUUGAAAAGGAAGAAGGAAGAAGACGACACAGACGACACCGGUAAACUUUGAACCGAAACAAAUCGUUGGUGUCUGGUCCACCAUGCUAUUCCUCACCAAAGCUCACUGUAUUUCUUCACACAUGUGUCACCUUGCGAACGCACAGUUCAACGUGGUGACAGCGCAGAGAGUCAGGAGCCUCUCUAACCAGCUCAGGAGCUUGUCUAACCUCCCGGGUGCUCGUUCGUUCACUGAACACACGGUACCAGGCCGCGCUCCCACCUCUCACAACCCAGAUAAAUGGUUUGAACGUAGAGUUGAUGGUGACGUGUCGAGGAAAUAUAUCCAUCUGACAGCACCACGGCGAGAGAAAGACACCCCUGUGCAGAUAAGAGAGCUGUCAGAGGCAGCGUAUGAGAAGCUGGCAGAUGAGACAUUGGAUGCUCUGGCUGAUUACUUUGAAGACCUGACCGAUGAAGAUUUCACCGGAGCAGACUACGAUGUUGUCUUCUCUAGUGGUGUGUUGACAGUGAAGGUGGGCGGGGACCUCGGCACCUACGUCAUUAACAAACAGACACCAAACAGACAGAUCUGGCUGUCUUCUCCCACAAGUGGACCGAAGCGCUAUGACUGGACAGGUGAACGCUGGGUGUACAGUCAUGAUGGUGUUAGCCUCCACCAGCUGCUCUCCAAAGAAUUCUCCAUCAUAUUCAAUAAAAACAUGGACCUGUCUGACUUGCCCUAUUGCUGAGACCCCACACCCGCCAGUGACGUGAAUGUAUUAGAACGACUGUGACUCAUAGAACAACUGUUCCAUCAUAUGGGAGCCUCAAGACCCAAAGUGUAUCUGCACAACUCCACAGUAACUUUAACAGCAUUAGCUCUUAGGGGAGCAGUUGCAUGUAAUGACAGUCAUUGCUAUCUGUGAGCUGCAUUGUUGAUAUCUAUAUGUUCUUUAAGAAUAUAUUGUACAUGUGUAUGCUGAUAACAGCACAUUUUCAUAAAAUAAAUGUGGAAUUCAGCCACA